GGUAGCCUAGUUGGGUUAGGUUUUACGCUGGAAAUUCUAACGAAAAAUUUUUUGUUUGACGAUUAAUGUUUUUCCCAUUGUAUCUGCUGCAUUGAGCGACGUGAAGAGCUAACGCAGUGGCGAACAGUAAUCGUAUUUCGUAAACUGUUCGAUCGCGAGACUUCGCGCUAUCGGCGUAUAUGAGAUUUUAAACGGAAAAUGAAUCGACAUGAGGGGGUAAGUUGUGACGCCUGCUUAAAGGGGAAUUUUCGGGGUCGCAGAUAUAAGUGCCUCGUAUGCUAUGAUUAUGAUUUGUGUGCCAACUGUUAUGACGGAGGUGCCAGUACUACACGUCACCACAGUGAUCAUCCUAUGCAGUGUAUACUUACUAGAUCUGAGUUUGAAUUAUAUUAUGGUGGAGAGGCAAUAAGUGUAGAACAGCCACAAUCUUUAACUUGUCCUUAUUGUGCAAAAAUGGGUUUCACUGAAGCUACACUACAAGAACAUGUUGCUGCAGAACAUACAGAUACUUCUUUUGAAGUUGUUUGUCCAGUAUGUGCAUCAGUCCCAGGAGGAGAUCCUAAUAAUGUAACUGAUGAUUUUGCUGGUCAUUUAAGUUUGGAGCACCGUAGUGGACCAAGGGAUUUGAUGUCUUUUCUAGAUGAACCUGCCUCAACUAGAUAUACUGGCAGACGGAUAACACAUUCAUCUAGAGUUGGUGGGGCACGACCUCGCAGGUCCAAUAUGCAUUUCAGUUCGUCCGGAGGAUUGAGUCCGAGUAGUCGAGAAGGUAUAGAUCCAAUUACAGAAUUACUUUCUCAAUUAUCCGCUGUUCGUAGAGGUGGCGGAGGAACUGGUCAGAGUUCGUCAGCACCAUCGCAAUUACAACAAUUGCAAAUGCAGCUACAUUUGGAACGACAACAAGUUAGAAUUGCUAGGCAACAAUUGGAGCGGCUACCUAGGAGGCAGACUCAGGUUCUUGGUUCUGCAAGUUGUGGAGGAAUUGUUAGUGGAAGUGGACAUUCUACUACUAUGACUAGUGUGGUAGCAAAUAGUACGACUAGUAACAAUAAUACAACUAAUGUGGCGAACCCGUCCGGCGUAUCAUCUACCAGUUCACAAAACUAUAUGUUUCUAUUGCCAAAAUGUAUUACCAGUUCUCUCUCCGACUCACAGUUGCAAAAUAUUGAACGUGAAAGUGCAAAUAGAAGUCUCUUUACAUGCGAACUUAUUCUUGGAACGCUUUCGCAAACAUUGCCGGAGUUAACACAGGAACAAUCUGUACCACAAACUCCAGUAUCAAGUGCAACUACUGCUACAAACAGUCCCGAAACACCAAAUGCUAACUCUUCCACAAUUUCGACAAAGAAAUUAAAUGUAACUCAAGAAGCGAAAAGGGAUCAAACAAUGAGUAAACACGUAACGCAAACGACUACGCAACAAUCACAUACUGUUCAGACUACUACGGCCAGCACUGUUGGGACAGGACUUCAGAGUCAAGGAUUACCCCCAAAUUCUAAUAACCUCGCGUUACAAAAUACACCUAUGGUUCAAACACUGAUGCACAGUGUAUUACCUGAGUCGUUGGUAUUGCAGGAAUCACUGUCACUACCAUAUAGUAGAACUAUCAGAGAACCGAUAGUAACCCCAGCACCAGCGUACCUUAGAGGUGGUGUCGGUCCAGUUGGCGUAACAGGUCCUUCACGUAGGAAGCCGGUUAGGGCUGUAGAUGGCAGAAACCAAUCUACGGAACCUCCGCCUCCACACUAACCCUUCCUUAGCCCGUACCCACCCACCCUGAUUCCUCACAGGACCCUCUAGCACUAGUCCUAGCACUGUUUAGAACACCUCAUCAUUAUUGUUAUUAUUAUAAUAUUAUAUAUUAAUAAUUAUUCAAAUGCCCUCCUCCUCACCCUCCCUAUCUUAUCACUUUUCAAAACUCUAAUCUUGCCAUCUUUUGUCGUUACGUGACAUGGAACAAGGGCAAGGGCUGAUUCGCCGACACAUGCAAAUAAUGUAAAUAACUCACUUCUUGCAGUCAUAUACACUCCUCGUACACACUCCUCAGUGAGUCUUGCCACGUUCUACAUCGAUAUUAUAUUCACUUACAAUAACUUGAUCGAGGAUAGAGAUGGGCAGGUAAAAAUAAUAACAAUACAAUUAUAUUAGCGUUUCAUGUUUGGUGGUUGUAUGGGUUUGUUAAAAAAGAGUUAGAUUCAUAAAAUACUCAGUUUUGUUUAACACAUCAAAUCUCGGGAAUGUAGAAACUUUAACAAUUUACAAGGCACACUGCCCGUCAUACGCACCAGUUUAAUUGUGCUUAAUUUAAACUGGUUAAUUUUUUUUUUUAGUUGUCGUAUGUUUGAUAUAUUUUCUCUCUCCUU